AUAAUUUCCAGCAUUCAUCGUUAAAUAUCCGGGAAAGCCGAACGAGUCUUCCAAAAGUCCUAAUAGAAGCCGGCUUCAGACCCUUAAAUAAAUGCCCUUAGGUCCUAAGACUCAAGUCUCAUUUCGCCCGUUCCUGGACGUAUCACACUUUGAACUUGGAAGUUGUGAGGCAAUUGCGCGAGAGCAGCAAUUGUACCAGACGGGAAUCUUCAUUGCCCUUUUCAGCAGGAGGCAGAGAACAGUUAGAAGCCAUAGAUCAUGUCUCUCUCGUGCGCAGUUAGCUCUCCCACAGUUGUGGUACUCACAAAAGACAAUGAUCGUUUGACCUAAACCUGAAACUUGUAAAUCUCCUCCAACACCUGUCUCUUUGACUUUUCUUUCCAUUAGCUCGAAAGCGCACGGUCUAUACGUUGGUAUCGACCCCAUCGCACGAAACACCCAUCACUCUCAUCGUUCAGCGCUUUUUGUUGAAUAUCGCUUCUGUGCGUGCCAGUCUGGUGUCGCAACUUCCAAUCUCUUUCCUCCGUCCGUUUGCUCCAGCGUUAGUUGACUGUCAGCUCUUUCUUGCCGUUGGUGAUCAGGGUAAGCCUGGUCCAGCACAAUCGUAGCAUCCAAGUAGUUGCGCCUCGCAUUGUUUGGCUGUUGUUGUGGAGCACCUAGAGAAUCUUAUUGCAUACUUCACAGACAUCUACGGAGCUUCUGUGCCAGGCCAUAGCAUUCUUCACUUACAGGAUUUUCGUCCAAAUCUGCCCCGAGUGUACUGUUUAUCGACCAAUCGACUUUCAGGCUUUAUUACUUCCCUGGACAACAGCUUCAAACAGUGACGCAAAAUUACAUCCCUUAUCCUCACUGCCUGUUUCAGGCUCAGCUGUACCCUUCAGUGAAUAUACUCAUAUCUAACACUGUCAACCAUUUAUUCCUAGCGAUCUGUCCUUGUACACGUACCUAAAAGAUUGCAGGCAGAUCGCACUUCCUCUUUCUUGAGGCUAGCAUAUCAUUAUCAUCACAUCUUGUGCCGACUUGAUGACUCACCCUUUUACGCCCUCUCCCCUUCCGUUUGUUCCAAUCCCGAUUUCUUCCUCUGGACACACACCUCCAUACACUUCAGACGAAGACGAGCUUCAUAAGAAGUGUGGACCUCGAAACCUGUCUGUUCCCACAGCGCGCAACGUCCUUCAUCACAUCAUGGCGGCCAAUCAGACGUUCUCUGGCCAGCAGCACAUCGUGUCUCCACCGCCCACUCAGUCUAGGGUCCCCAUAACCAUGCCUUUGACGUGUUCCCUAUCCAGUUCACCACCUGCGACGAACUUAUCCUUCUCUUCUACCGACACUUGCCCACCAUCGUACCCUUCGGCUCGGUCGAAAAGAGAUCACGUUCUCAAAUCUCCUUCCCAGCUUUCCUCUUUUGCCUCUUCAUCAGAAUGGCAAAACACAGACAGUGAAAGCCGAUUUGGAAUGGAUACCGAGAUUGAACCCAGCUCUAUGACUGAUAGUGGCCAUUUGUCAUCAUCAAGUCUUCUUUCCUCCUCACAAAAUGAGAACAAAAGCCAAGUUAUUGUUCCUCGACCUCCUAAUGCGUGGAUUUUGUAUCGAUCAGAUAUGCUCAAGAGAAUUAGUGAGGGAGAGAAGGUUCCUGGGAUUGACAAGGCUCGAGAAGAGCUAGGUCUUUCUCUUUUGCAUGGUGGGUCAGGCGAUGAAGGCUCGGGGAAUAAAUCAAUGCCUCCUCCACCUGUGAAGAAGGUAAAAAUCAGGAAAGGAGGCAAAAUGCCCACUGAGGACUAUAUCGCUCUGGGACCCGGUAAGGGAGGAAAGGGUCUUCCUCAGUCCGAUAUCAGCAAGGUCAUCAGCCAUCUAUGGAAGAACGAAAUUCCAGAUAUCAGAGCGGUGUACGAAAACAGGGCGAAUGCGAGGAAGCUCGAGCAUCGAAAGCUGUAUCCUGAUUACAAAUUCCAACCUAAGAGGAAGGCCGAAAAACUGAAACAGCGUAUAGAGAGGGAGAGAGAAAAGCAGGAAGCUAGACGUUUGAGGGAGGAGGAAAAGCGAGCUGGCAAGACUAAACGACGAUCUCGGAACAGAGAAAAACGUUCACCUGUCUCUCCUUACAGUAUUACGCAGGCUCGACAUGAGAUGCCGUCUUUGGGUAGGACUUUGACUUAUGAUUCUGAAAGCAGUGGCUUUUAUCCUUCAAGUUUUGAGACUUCCAACAUGUCAGAUUUACGAGCUACUGCAGCUCAAGCCACGUUCAGGAGACCAUUUCCUCUACCCAACUACGCUGUGCCAGCUCUUCCUGGAGCUGAAGGACCCUCCUCGUCUACCCCUGGUCAGGCCGUUGCCCACGACUACACCUGGAGACAUACACGCCACACUGGUCCACUGAUGAUGAACGAUUUAGACCUCCUUGCUCCUCCAAUGACUGAGCAAUACUCAUCCAACUCCCUCUCUGCACGUUCUCAACCCCUUACUGCCCCUGCUUCACCUGGGCAGCUCCUCUUCCUUGACUCCGCUAAUUAUGAUGUUCCUUUGCGAGCUACUGCCAGUCCAUUCCCUGAGGACUCUGUCUCUGAUGAGGAUUUCCAAAAGGCCCUGCUUUCUAUCACCUCGGCAGCUCAUGACGUCUCGCACAGACCUAUGGCUGUACUUGACAUUGACGACAUCCCUGUUCUUAGUGAUGAGCCGUUCGACACUCAUGAAGAUCCAGCCGCCUUAGCUCAAGCUUGGUGGGAUUUGGACCAACAUGCUUUCGAGAACGAUACAGAGAGGGGGCCCAGCACGAGCGGUCUUAUUGCAGAUGAUCAAACUCUGAGUGCCACUGUCUUGGAGGCUGGACCUUCUCUAGGUUCAUCCUCAAACCUCAUCUCCGUCACUAUUGGCGAGCCUUCCCAUCAUCAAGAAGUCUCGGAUGCCGCAGAUCACGAUGCUGAACCUUCUCAGUCGCCGUUAAUGAUCGAAGGGGUUACUUACCAAAGUCUCGCGGCAACAUACCAGCAACCCGUCUACUAUACGCCUGUCUUCGAUUCUAAUUCCUCCUUCCUGGGUAUGACUCCUGUUUUUGAACCUGCUCUCUUUGAGCAGAUGCCAUCGCUUUUCGAUCAAGGUCCUUUCCUUUCAACAGCCCAGCCUCUUUCCCCUACUGAGACUUAUUCUGCUGAUCCUACCUUUCGAGAGUCUACUUUCCUCCAAACAGGCCAAGACUCCAAUUGCGUCUCUUCUUUGUCCAGCCGUGAGGGCACCGUCAGGUCUGUCUCUUCUGCCAACACCGCUCCUCGCUACAUCUCCUCAUCAGCCUAUCCACCCACCCCAUCGUCAAUGGAUACCAUGGGUCUCCCUUCAGUAACUGGUAUCGUAGACCGAAACACAUCUUUCUCUGCUCUGACAGCCGUCUUGGCUGGUCAGGGUAUGGGUAUGAUGGGCGAAGACAUGUUGGCAUGGGACGAAGAUGAGUAUGCUGCCGAGUACGCUGCUGCGAAUGCCAGCAUCAUCGUGGAUGAAAACAGGAAGCGGAGGGAAAGCGCUUCAAUGGUCAGCCUUGCGCCUGUCGGCGAGGCCAAAUCUCCAACAAAUCCUUCAGGCUUAGACGCCUGAGUGGUAUACCCUAGUCUCAACGGAUUAUGUUGGUUUCUUCGAUCUCGGCGAAAUUUUAAACGAUUGUAUUAACACUCUUCGAAUCUUUUUCUUCGUCUCUAUUUUUCUUAGCAUCUGAUCCCUCUAAGUCUCAGAGUCUAUCUUGCGAUUCGUUAUAUGAUCUUCAUUACUACACAAACUUACCAUAUAUCUUGUUCAUCAUAUAUCAUCAUCAUGUUUCCUUUUUUUUCAUCGUCACCCUUUCCUUUUUGCUGUUUUUCAUUUUUUUGGGUUUGCUAGUUUAUCUCGACAGUCGUUGUUUAUAGAAUAAUUAUUUGUAUCAGCCCAUAUUGUAGAAAGU